AUGUGGACAGAGAGUCCUCGAGUGAAUAUGAAACUGCACGAUCAGGACGACAAUCAACGCAAUAUGGUUCCGCACGAUCCGGGCAACAAUCAACGCAAUAUAGUUCUGCACGAUCCGGGCAACAAUCAACACAAUACGACACCGGAAGAUCAAGGCAACAAUCAACAGACUAUGGUACCGCACGAUCAGGGCAACAGUCAACACAAUACGACACCGGAAGAUCAAGGCAACAAUCAACAGACUAUGGUACCGCACGAUCAGGGCAACAGUCAACAACAUAUGAAACAGCGACCUCUAUUAUGGAAAGACUUCGGUUAUCACAUUCUCCUGAGCCUUCACGGCACCGCUCAUCUUCCCGUGGCUUUCCCUCUUCGUCAACACGAAAUCCGGCUACAUCUCCGCAGCCCUGAACGCUCAUCGUCGCGAUAUUAUCCGCCUUCAGCGACGCGAUACCCGGCGGAAUCUUCACGUGACACUAGGCGUUCAUCUUCGCGCGAUCGUGGACCUUCACGCGGCGAAUCUUCACGUGGCGAAUCUUCACGCGGUGAAUCUUCACGUGGUGAACCUUCGCGUGGUGAAUCUUCGCGUGGGACCCGUCAUUCACAUCCACGCGAUCGACCUUCACCAUCGUAUGAUCCUCCGCCUCGUUACAAAACCCUGCCUUCGCGAGAUGGUCGUCCGCCUUCGCCUCCGCCUCCGCCUCCGCCUCCAUCUCCGCCUCCAUCUCCACCUCCAGGUGGACCCUCACCUCCAGAAUCCGAUUCUUCUGAUUCUUCUGAAUCUGAAUACGAACCUGCACCUUCGUAUAGAACUCAGCCUACGCAUGAACCUAGACCCCCGACGGCCCUUAACCUUCUGGAAAGAGCACGAGGUGAAGCUCGCGAAAUCCUUCGACAAAGGGCAAGAACAGAGGCCCGCAACAUCCGGAGCUUCUUCCAGCGAGACGAAAGGAAUUUUCAAUAUCUGGGUAUAGCGGGCCAUGGUGCGAAUAGCGUUGCGGUUAAGGUCAAAUUGAGGAGCCGUUGGUUUAGCCGUCACUCUUCACGGACGUUUGUCGUUAAACGUGCGAUUGUAGCGGGAAUCCAAAGGAAAUUAAGGAACGAAAACCGUAUAUUAAGAAUGCUGCGCGGAGCCAAACACAUCGUCCAACUAUAUCGAACUUCCGGUAUACGUAACCCUAUAGAUAGGGCGCGAGGUCGAACAGUGAUAAUGGAAUGGGCUCCUAAUGGAACUUUGGGAAAUUUCAUCACGAGACUAGCGCGAAGUCGUGACCAUCAAUCUAAUCGAAUGCUCCAUAUCUUAUUCAUGUGCUUGGUUCGCAUGUGUAUAGCCAUGGCGUUCCCACCAAGACAGGGAAGACGUGCAAGACCUCAAAGGGAGACACUACCCGAUUCAAGAGCUGCGCGGGAGCGGAAGACUCAACUUAUCCACCACGACAUGCAUACGCAUAAUAUACUGUUUGGAGAUGUUGAACCCCCUGGCGACGGCGAUCAUUACGUGCUCCCCCCGUUGAAACUUAUAGAUUUCGAAGACGCCGAGGUGCUUUCAGACCCACAAAGACAUAACCAAGCAGUUCAGUCAAAUAUAUUGAGUAUCGGAAUGAUAAUGAGAUGCAUAAUUACGGGUAAUACAAACAUGAACGCGCAUGCUGUCCCUGUGCGGAUUAAUGUUAGUGGGCUGAAUGUGACCAUCACAUCAUACGCCAACUUUCCUUCCAACACUUACCCAGAUAUUGACGAUGAUAUUAAAAGCCUUGUCGUUCAAUGUUGUGCUGUAAAUCCGCAGGAGAGGCCUACCCUUGAAGAUUUGUAUGGGAGAGCCCGUAGCCACCUCCGCAAUAGGGAAUACGAUUACUAUCGGGCUACUCCGAGCGCACCAUACGAAAGAAAGCCAUGGAUAACACGAUUAGUCCAAGAGUAUAUCCUUAACGCUGACAGCACUUGA